AUGGAUGCUCACAUCUGGCAAGGCGUCGUUACGGAUCUCGGUCUGAAAUUUAGCUUCCUAAUGGAUGUCAUGCUAGCUCUUUCGGCUACUCAGAUCGCAGCGGAAGCAGAUUCUGCCCAGGCACGCUCAACCUACACUAGUAUCGCCCUUGAAUACCAGAACAGCGCAGUCAUUGCCGCCCGGCCCGAGCUAUUGAACGUCUGCGCCGACAACUGUAACGCCUUGUUCGGGUUCACCAUCCUGAACAUCCCAACGUCUGUCGUGUUGGCACAAUUACCCACCGGUGGUGAAGAUACUGGCAAGAGUCCACUAGAAAGCAUUGUCAUAUCUUCGGAAUGGAUUUCUUGCCUUGUAUCUCUGAUGACAGCUGCGGAACCCUGGUUGCGCCACGGUCCAUUCAAAGAAGCCUACGACAACUGCGAUGACCCGGAAAUGUAUGACGAGACCAUGAGACAGCCCAUGCAACGACUGACGUCUCUGCUGGCACGAUCCAAAUAUGCGGGUCGCGAGUACACGCAACAAUUCAAAAUGUUCAGUCACGCAGUGGAGCUGCUCGAAGAACGUGCCAUGCGCUCAAGGAGCAUGUCGAUCGCUUGGCCAGCAGAGAUUGGUGACGUUUUCGUGCAAAUGCUCAAGGAACGCGACCAGAUGGCUCUGAUGAUUACCUUGCAUUGGGGUGUGGUUCUGCAUAGCUUGAAGAAUUGGUGGACAGAUUUCACCGGUAAGAGAUUGGUCGAUCAAAUCUCGCAAGAGCUCCCUCGUGAGAGCGGUGUGGCCGAGGAGGCGGUCCGUUGGGCUCGGAUCCACGUAGGGCUAGACAGUCAGGAGACUUAG